AUGAAGUUCACAACAAUCCUUCUUGCCGUGCUGCCUCUGAUUGCCGCCGACGGAGGCCCCAAAGACCCAGAUAGUCUCCCAAGGGUACCACUUCCCCUUCACGAGCUGCCCGAAUGCUGGCAAGAGUGUCUACAGCUAGAGAAUAAUCACUACCCUCCCGAUAUCAACAAGGUCAACGUACACGACUUUUGCGUCGACAACGGCUACCAUCUCCGAUGGUGGUCUCUUCACUCUCUCGCAAGAUGCGCAGCGGGCAAAUGCAGUUGGGACGAAGGCAUGCAGUCACAAAGAUGGAUCUUCGACCUCUGUUGUUCGAACAAUUUCCCUCAAAUGGCAUCGGAUGACUACGACAUUACUUACAUGGCCUAG